UGUGCAUUAUCAGCCGGCUUGGCUUGGUGCAAAAUGUAAACAAACGUUGAUAGCUUAUUAUAAUACAGAAUGAAGGAGAAACCAAGAUCCAGCGACUCCGAUUCGGAUUCUGAGGAUGAUGCGCAGAUGCGUCAGUUCCUGGAGGCGGCAGAUACCACCCUGCUGACAAAUGCCAUGUUUCAGGUGCAGCCGAAAGUGGAUGCAGGUGAAAUAGCCACGGAGGAGCAGCCAAUGGUCACUGGCAAGGAGGAUAAACCGAUCCCAAAGAGCGAACGCCAUCUGGAGGAGCACGAGGCCCCCGCCAGUGACCUCCAGAUCACGCAAGAGAUGCAAACGCACAUCUGGAGCAGGCUCAGUGGAAUAAUCCAAGAGAAAAUAGAGUUUUCCCUGGUCAAGCCCAAUCCCCUGAAGAAACAGAAGCCCCUAUCCGACAAAGUUAAACUGGUAUCCAAUGCCGAUUGCUAUUUAAUCGCCGAUUUGGUCGUGGAAGGUCCUCCAGGUCCUAAAAAGAAACCCAAAAUCAAAAGACGAACCUCCAAAGAAGAUCAAUCCUCGCCAGAAGCUCUCAACUCUGUGGUGGUCUCUGGUGAAUCCAUACUCGAGGGCAAGGAUCUGCUCGCCUGGGCCCAAAAGAAGCCGCGUCAGGACAAGAUCUUCCAGUACAGAGCCAGCGAUCCCAAGGCAACCAAACUCCUGGCCAUUGAAGCCACAAACGAGUUCACCAAGCGAAGGCGACAAAACAAUUGGAACGAGUCUAAGAUUAGUAAAAAUAAAAUAUAUAAAUGACAUUAAAACUCUAUAAAUAACGUU